AUGGGAAGAGGAAAAAUCGAAGUCACCUACCCUCUUGAGCAGCUGAGUGCACAUGCUAAACCUCUCAUUAUCCAAUUACGAAAACGCCUCCCUCUCCUCAUGCCUACUCUCCCCGUCCCUAUUCCCCCCAUCCCUACUCUCCCCGUCCCUACUCUCUCCGUCCCUACUCUCCUCGUUCCUACUCUUCCCGUCCCUAUACUCCCUGUCCCUACUCUCCCCGUCCCUACUCUCCCCAUCCCUACUCUCCCCGUCCCUCCUCUCCCUGUCCAUACUCUCCCCGUCCCUAUUCUCUUCUUCCCGUCCCUACUUUCCCCGUCCCUAUUCUCCCUGUCCCUAUGCUUUCCGUCCCAACUCUCCCCAUCCCUACUCUCCCCGUCCCUUCUCUCAACGUCACUUCUCCCCCGUCCCUACUCUCCCCGUCCCUUCUCUCCCCGUCCCUACUCUCCCCAUCCCUAUUCGCUUCUCCCCAUCCCUACUCUCCCCAUCCCUACUCUCUCCGUCCCUACUCUCACCGUCCCUAAUCUCCCCAUCCCUACUGUUCCCGUCCCUUCUCUCCCCGUCCCUUCUCUCCCUGUCCCUACUCUCCCCGUCCCUACUCUCCCCGUCACUACUCUCUCCGUCCCUACUCUCUCCGUCCCUACUCUCCCCGUCCCUACUCUCCCCGUCCCUACUCUCCCUGUCCCUACUCUCCCCGUCCCUACUCUCUCCGUCUCUACUCUCCCCGUCCCAACUCUCCCCGUACCUACUCUAGUCGUGCAUACUUCCAUCGUCCCUAUUUCCGCCUGCCUCUCUGCUUGA